CCCCGGAUUUGCUUUUAUACUUCAUUAGAAGGCGUGGACUUCUUUAUUAUUAUUUUUUUUUAACUGUUCUUUUUUUCGUACCUGCGGCCCACCGUCCGCCGCAGUGACCGGAGAUCAUGGAUGUGUGAGGAGCUCUGGGCUCGUGACUAUUUUACGUUAUUAUUAUUUGGCCCUUCCGCUGCCCACCCGGACACUCGUGGAUCAGCUGUUGGAUAUCGAUGGUGAUCACAUCCAGUUCUGAAGAGGCUCCCCCUCAGAGAAUGCUCUCGGCAUUACAGACGGAAUGGAUCAAUAAGGAUCCCGUGUGUUAUUUGCCUCCUUCCCACUGCAACAAGAAGCCUUCCAGAAGUGGCAGCAGCACAGGAUGCAAGCCGCCCUCCUCCUCCUCUCUCUGUCUGGCUGCCCCCUUCGCCUUCGUCCCCACUGAGGCAAGCAUGUCGAGCCAGCACAGCCACGCCCCCUUCUCCAGCCUCCAAUCAAUGGCGGACCAUCAGCAGGUCCUGCCAGACAUGACCAUCUUACAGAGGCGGAUCCCAUUAACCUUCCGAGAUCCGGCGGCCGCACCCCUACGGAAGCUGUCGGUGGAUUUAAUAAAGACUUACAAGCACAUAAAUGAGGUGUAUUACGCUAAGAAGAAGCGGCGAGCCCAACAAGUGCCCCCCGAGGAUUCCAGCACAAAGAAAGAGAGGAAAGUGUUUAACGACGGAUUCGACGACGAUAACUACGAUUACAUCGUGAAAAACGGCGAGAAGUGGAUGGACCGAUACGAAAUCGAUUCUCUGAUCGGGAAAGGCUCCUUCGGCCAGGUGGUUAAGGCCUACGACCAUCACGACCAGGAAUGGGUAGCUAUCAAAAUCAUCAAGAAUAAGAAAGCCUUUUUGAACCAGGCCCAGAUCGAGCUGCGCCUCCUCGAGCUUAUGAACAAACAUGACACGGAAAUGAAGUAUUACAUAGUUCAUCUAAAACGGCAUUUUAUGUUCCGGAACCAUCUGUGUCUGGUGUUUGAGCUUCUGUCCUACAACUUAUACGACCUUCUGCGGAACACGAACUUCCGCGGCGUCUCCCUGAACCUGACGCGCAAGUUCGCCCAGCAGCUCUGCACGGCGUUGCUCUUCUUGGCGACUCCCGAGCUCAGCAUCAUUCACUGCGACCUGAAACCAGAGAAUAUCCUCCUCUGUAACCCCAAGCGAAGUGCCAUCAAAAUCGUGGACUUUGGUAGCUCCUGCCAGCUCGGGCAAAGGAUCUACCAGUAUAUUCAGAGCCGUUUUUAUCGUUCGCCCGAAGUUUUGCUGGGGAUGCCCUACGACUUGGCGAUAGACAUGUGGUCUUUAGGGUGUAUUUUGGUGGAAAUGCACACAGGAGAGCCUUUAUUCAGUGGAUCCAACGAGGUGGAUCAAAUGAACAAGAUAGUGGAGGUCCUCGGGACGCCCCCCGGCCACAUGCUGGACCAGGCCCCGAAAGCACGGAAAUACUUCGACAAGCUUCCCGAAGGGACGUGGACUGUAAAGAAAAACAAAGAUAUCAAAAAGGAAUACAAGGUACCCGGGACUCGCAGACUUCACGAAGUCCUGGGCGUGGAAACGGGGGGCCCCGGAGGCCGCAGGGCCGGGGAGCAGGGCCACUCGCCAUCCGAUUAUCUGAAGUUCAAGGAUUUAAUUCUGAGGAUGUUGGAUUAUGACCCCAAAACUAGAAUCACCCCUUUCUACGCUCUCCAGCACAACUUCUUCAAGAAAACAACAGACGAAGGGACUAAUACUAGUAACAGUAACUCUACAAGCCCUGCGAUGGACCACAGUCACUCGACCAGUACAACCAGUUCCGUGUCCAGCUCAGGAGGAUCAAGCGGCUCUUCUAACGACAACCGUAAUUAUCGGUACAGCAACAGAUAUUAUAACAGCGCGGUCGCGCACACGGACUACGAGAUGCAGAGUCCGCAGGUUCCUUCUCAACAGCAGAUAAGACUGUGGGCCGGUGGAGACGUUCCCAUCACAAACAGCGAUGCCUACCCUCAGAUCUUACCUCACAAGCCUACUCCCAGUCAGCCGCAGCAUUUCCACGGAAACGAGCCGCACCACCCUCACCCGCUGUAUCAUCACGUCAACCGGCCCCACUACCACCGGCAACACAUCACCUCCUCCUCUCCGCAAAUCCCCGAGUCCAUGGAGCUCAGCUUGGGACACCGACACCCCCAGUCUUCCUCUUCAUUGCACCCUCAUCACUCUAGCUUAGACUGCACUCCGUUUGGCUCCUCAAACUUACACUUAGGGGUUUCCGCUUUUCGGACUAGAACAGUCAGUGGGCACAACGACUCGGGUGGGCCGCUGAAUUACCCCUACCCUAGCAACUCAUCCAGCAUGGUUGGACCACCUCACAUCCGGAACAGGACGGAAACGGAGGAGAGUGCUAUGUUAGGCGUUUGUGUCCCUCAGAGUACGGCAGCGAGCUCUUGAUGAUUCUUUCAUGUAAGAUUAAAGCCAUACCAAUAAUAGAAAUACUGAAUUCGGAGAGGAGGGCUGGCAGGCGGCAGGGUGGGUUGUGGAAAAAAAAAAAGGGGUGAGCUGGCUUUUAUCACAACCAUCAAAAAAAAAAAUGUCAAGGUGUAGCUGUUAAUGUGAAAUGUUUAUUUAUUAAAAAAAAUCACUACGA